GGGCGCGGGUCCCGUCAAGCGCACGCGCAGUGAGUGCGAGCGGCGGCGGCCAUGGACGACGAGGAGGAGACGUACCGGCUGUGGAAGAUCCGCAAGACCAUCAUGCAGCUGUGCCACGACCGUGGCUACCUGGUGACCCAGGACGAGCUGGACCAGACGCUGGAGGAGUUCAAGGCCCAGUUCGGGGACAAGCCGAGUGAAGGGCGGCCGCGGCGCACGGACCUCACCGUGCUGGUGGCCCACAAUGACGACCCCACCGACCAGAUGUUCGUCUUCUUCCCAGAGGAGCCCAAAGUGGGCAUCAAGACCAUCAAGGUGUACUGCCAGCGGAUGCAGGAGGAGAACAUCACGCGUGCCCUCAUCGUGGUGCAGCAGGGCAUGACGCCCUCCGCCAAGCAGUCCCUGGUCGACAUGGCCCCCAAGUACAUCCUGGAGCAGUUCCUGCAGCAGGAGCUGCUCAUCAACAUCACGGAGCACGAGCUGGUCCCAGAGCACGUGGUCAUGACCAAGGAGGAGGUGACCGAGCUGCUGGCCCGGUAUAAGCUCCGAGAGAACCAGCUGCCCAGGAUCCAGGCAGGAGACCCCGUGGCGCGCUACUUCGGGAUAAAGCGCGGGCAGGUGGUGAAGAUCAUCCGGCCCAGCGAGACCGCCGGCCGCUACAUCACCUACCGGCUGGUGCAGUAGCCACCCGCCCCUGCCCGCCGGGUGAGACGGACGCGGGGCCCAGCGGGGGGCCUGGGCAGCUCGGGCCUGGGGGGCAGUGUCCACCUCCCCCAGCCGUGUGCAGGAAGGUUCCGGCUCCUUCCCUGAGCGAGCCCCACUCGGUGUCCACCCCGCUGAGGUUCUGACCAGAGGACCGAGCACAGCCCUCCUUUCCAGACCCAGCCGCCUCUGCGCCCCGCACCCUCUCCUCGCUGGUUUCCCCACAGCCCUCGGGCCACGUCCCCGUCCUCCUGUGGGGCUUGGAGGAACCCUGUGUCCAGCCUGGGCAUGCCAGCUCACGGGACGGACCUGACCGCCGUCUGCUCUGGUCCAGCUCCCGGGAGAUGGACACGCACUGUGACCACCCUGCCCGGCCGUGGGCGAGGGGCCGCCUGCCUGUGGGACCCGCUCCUCUUGGGACCUUGCCGCUGCUCCUCCAGACCCCAAGGCGGACUGGCCGCGAGCUCAGGGUCUUCAUGGCCUCGUCUGGACGCUGAGCCCCCACCUUGGAUCGUGUGUGAUGUGACGAGCCUCAGGAGGGGAUGGUGACAGACAACAGUCCCGGGUUCUUGUUGACUCUCCCUGGGGGCCCCGAGUCCAAGCCUGGUCAGCCCCUCUUCCUCCCGGCCUCCUGUCGCCGUGUCCCCCUCAUGGCGGCCCUGUCGCCAUCUGUCUGUGAGCUCGGAGGGCAGCAGUGGGCGAGAUUAAAACUUGUGUGGAUUUUGAGUUACUGUUGAAUGCUGGGUGUUUUUAAAAAUUAAAGAUAUUUGGAGUAAA